GGAUGUUUCAAGAAGAAUUUGGGCCAAAUUUUAAGCUCUUUCAAAACUAUACAAAGGCUAAAAUUCAGCUGACCCGUCUUCCCCAGUUACUGAAGAAACAAAACGUCGCCGGGAACUGGACUCCGUCACCGGGAAAAAACAUGUCAUCCUUCCGGUAAUCUCUUUAAACUCAUAAAACUUCCAUUGUAUAAAUCUCAGUUUUAUUCUCAAAUGUCGACUCAAAAGUUUUACCAAACUGCAAAACAACUUUUUCCCAAAGAACCAAAUGAAGAAAUUGCUAAAUUGAUCUCCAAUACUCUGAUAAAUUUCAGUUCUACAAAGGAAAUACCCCCAUCUCUAACUUCCUACCUCAAUCCCCAAGUAACCCAUCUGGUUUUUUCAAACCCAUCUGUCCCUACACAAUCUUGUUUAAGUUUCUUCAAAUUUCUCCAAAAAAAUAAAUCUUUCGAAAGACCCAAUCUUGAAUCACAUAUAGCCUUGUGUUUGCGCUUGUUUAAAGCCAGGAAGUUUGCUGAAGCCAAAAGUAUAUUGCAUACAGUUGCUUCUGAUGAUAGUUUAAGGAAACCAAUUUCAGAAGUAGCUUCUUUUUUGGGUGAGAAUCAUGUAGAACAUAAAGUUAUGGGGAAGAUGUUUGACAUGUUGUUUAGGGUAUAUGUUGAUAGUAUGAGGUUUAAGGAUGCUCUUGAGGUUUUUGAGUAUAUGAAGAAUGGUGGGUUUGAGAUAGAUGAUAGAUCUUGUAUGGUUUACUUACUUGCUAUGAAAAAACGAAAACAGUAUGACUCACUGGUUGAGUUUUUCGAGAUGAUGGUUGAAUUUGAUGUGAGAAUUACGGUGUACUCUAUGACGAUGGUUAUAGACGGGUUGUGUAAAGUAGGAGAGGUUAGCAAGGCAAGAAAACUCAUGGAUGAAAUGGUUAGUAAAGGGGUGAAACCAAAUGUGUACACUUACAACACAUUAUUAGAUGCUUGUAUGAAGAAGCCAGAUUUUGUGGCUCUGAAGGAGAUUUUGGUGGCUAUGGAGGAAGAGGGGUUGGAUCUUGAUGUGACGAGUUAUACUCUACUGAUUAACGGGUAUUGUAAUAUUGGCAAUCUUAAAGAGGUUGAUAGGUUGUUUAGGGAAAUAGAAGGGAAAGGCAUAGAGCCAGAUGUUCAUUUAUACACCUCUAUGAUUAGUGGUUGUAGUAAGUUAGGUAAUGUCAAAAAAGCAUUUUCAGUGUUUGAUGAAAUGGUGGAGAGGGGUCUCGUUCCGAAUGCUCACACAUAUGGAGCUUUGAUAAAUUGCUUGUGUAAGGCUGGACAGAUGCAAGCUGCUGAAGUUUUACUUAAUGAGAUGCAGAGUAAGGGGGUUGAUAUUGGUCCAGUUAUAUUUAAUACAAUGAUGGAUGGUUACUGUAAGCAAGGUAAUAUCGAUGAAGCAUGGAGGCUGCAGAAAAUUAUGGAGGGGAAAGGGUAUGAAUCUGAUGUAUAUGCUUACAACAUAAUUGCUACUGGAUUGUGUAAGUUAGAUCGGUGCGAGGAAGCAAAGACAUGGUUGUUCUCAAUGGUGGAUCGAGGUGUAGCUCCAAAUGAAGUUGCUCAUACAACUUUGAUCAGUAUAUAUUCUAAGGAAGGAAAUUUUGUUGAAGCAAAAAGGACACUUCGUGAGAUGGAAACAAAGGGAAUUAAGCCUAAUACGGCAACGUACAAUACCCUGAUGGAUGGUUAUUGCAAGAAGGGUAUGAUGAAGGAAGCGUAUAAGCUAAAGAAUGUUAUGGAAUGUAAAGGCCUGAAACCUGAUCCCUAUACAUACACCUCACUUGUACACGGAGAAUGCAUAUCAGGGAAGGUAGAUGAUGCUCUGAAACUUUUCAACGAGAUGCCUCGAGAAGGUAUAGUUCCAAAUGUGGUGACUUACACAGCAAUGAUUUCUGGCUUAUCGAAAGAGGGCAGGUCAGAUGAAGCCUUCAGAUUAUAUGAUGAGAUGAUAGAGGCAGGACUUACACCUGAUGCUAGUGCAUAUUCUGCUCUCGUGGGCAGUCUUCAUGGUUGACGUUUAUUUAGUAUGUGAAGUUGCUCUAGGGACAUGUAAUCGUAAACAUCAAAAGUAAAUCAAAUGUAGCUAAUUGGAGCUAUAACAGAUUGUUCAAUAUAUCCUCCGGAUGUUUUAUAUAAAGGAAUUUAUUGCAGGACACGCUCACAGACUCAAUGUGUCUGGCUUGUUGCUUGUCAUUGCAGAUCUUAUGUUGUCCUUGAACAUGGUCUGACAUAAUCUGAUAUACAUUUACAAAAGAUUCAAGAAAGAGCAAAGGCACUGCACAGAUAGUCAGAUGUAAGCUGCUUGAAUUCCUCUUAUGAUUUUAGCACAUUGAUCUACAAGAGGAUGAUAGGGCUAUGAUAUGUUACAAUAUUCUCUUGAGAAUGGAAGAACUAGAAGAAAGAAGUGGUGGAUGAUGGCAAGUUUGUAGGUAACGUUACAAUUUGUUGACUGAGUUGGCCUAGUUCUAAUCUUAAGUCUAUACCGCAUGUAAGUUUUUACGAAAAGCGUGAUGUGGUUUAGAAGUUGGAUCAUUCUUGUGGAAGAAUCAUGUGAUAUUAGUGCCAGAUAUUCUCACAAGGAAGAAGAAAAAGAAACAGAGAGAUGUGUUUCUUGUCUUGUACUAGAUGAUGGAAAAGACUUUUCAGAUAGGCAGUGUGUUUUAAUACUGAGGUGAAAGAAUAGAUGUUAGAUGUCUUGUGGCAACUCUCAUCAUUGUGGCUGAUUGGCUUCUGAGAAACAAUAUCUAUGCAGCACCCAGUCCAAUCAAUAUAACCACAAAUGGGACAGCUACUGGGAUUGUCAAUGCAAGUGUGUCCAACACAAUUUACACUGAUGAUAAUCAAUUAGCUAUUUACCAAGUGGAUAAAGUGCUCCUCCCUUUGCAGUUUUUUGUUCCACCAGCACCAUCAAAGCCAAAAAAUCAGAUGCUUCCUCUGUUAAUGUUGUUCCAUCUGGUGCCACUUCUCUUCUUCACAAACAUGAGGGAAAAGGUUAUAAGGCCUUCGUUGGGAUGUAUAAACUAAACUUGGAUAUCUUUGGAACAGAGACAAGCACCACUGUAUAAAGACUUCACAGCCUUUUCCCAUAUGACAUAGAUGGGAACAUUGACAUACUUAUUAAAGGAGAUAUGUUUAGGCAAACUGCUUGCUUCAACCACAAACAACUUCAGGUAACUCCUCAAGAACAGCUGUUCACAUGUGCAUUAAAUAGCUUUUGGAUGGUGUUGGCUAUUGGCUAUUGGCCGACAGUAGAUUUUGUAUGAAAAUUUAGUCAUGAAAUUUGAAAAGAACAGAGAAAUUUAUAUUCAA